GGCUCUCCGCCCCCUGCUCUGGUAGUGGCGCCGGAUUGCAGUCCCGGUCGUGGCGGUUCUGGUGCCCGAAGCCGGGAGCGCGGAGACGUUCCCGAGAGAGGCGGCCAGGCUAUGAUCGCCGGUUGCCGGCGUCCCGGUCCGGCCAGCCAGAGUCUCUACCUCAACCUGUGCCCGUGCCCAAGCGGUCUCCUCAGCCCGGCCCCGCGGCGCGGCUGGCGGCGGCGCCCCCGGCGCGCCCCCUUCUCCGAUGGCGGCGGAGAUCCAACCCAAGCCUCUGACCCGCAAGCCGAUCCUGCUGCAGCGGGUCGAGGGGUCCCAGGAGGUGGUGAAUAUGGCCGUGAUCGUGCCCAAGGAGGAGGGCGUCAUCAGCGUCUCGGAGGACAGGACAGUUCGUGUUUGGUUAAAGAGAGACAGUGGACAGUAUUGGCCAAGCAUAUACCAUGCAAUGCCGUCUCCAUGUUCAUGCAUGUCUUUUAACCCGGAAACAAGAAGACUGUCCAUAGGUCUAGACAAUGGUACAAUCUCAGAGUUUCUUUUGUCAGAAGAUUAUAACAAGAUGACUCCCGUGAAAAACUAUCAAGCACAUCAGAGCAGAGUGACGAUGAUCCUUUUUGUCCUGGAGCUGGAGUGGGUGCUGAGCACAGGACAGGACAAGCAAUUCGCCUGGCACUGCUCUGAGAGCGGGCAGCGCCUGGGAGGUUAUCGCACCAGUGCCGUGGCCUCAGGUCUGCAAUUUGAUGUUGAAACCCGGCAUGUGUUUAUUGGUGACCACUCAGGCCAAGUAACGAUCCUCAAACUGGAGCAAGAAAACUGCACCCUGGUCACAACAUUCAGAGGACACACAGGUGGGGUGACCGCUCUCUGCUGGGACCCAGUGCAACGGGUGUUGUUCUCAGGCAGUUCAGAUCACUCCGUCAUCAUGUGGGACAUCGGAGGGAGAAAAGGAACAGCCAUCGAGCUCCAAGGACACAAUGACAAAGUCCAGGCCCUCUCCUACGCACAGCACACACGGCAGCUCAUCUCCUGUGGCGGCGACGGUGGGAUUGUCGUCUGGAACAUGGACGUGGAGAGGCAGGAGACCCCUGAGUGGUUGGACAGUGAUUCCUGCCAAAAGUGUGAUCAGCCUUUCUUCUGGAACUUCAAGCAAAUGUGGGACAGUAAGAAAAUUGGCCUACGACAGCACCAUUGCCGCAAGUGCGGGAAGGCCGUGUGCGGCAAGUGCAGCUCCAAGCGCUCCUCCAUCCCUCUGAUGGGCUUCGAGUUUGAAGUGAGGGUCUGCGACAGCUGCCACGAGGCCAUCACAGAUGAAGAACGUGCACCCACGGCUACUUUCCAUGACAGUAAACAUAACAUUGUGCAUGUGCAUUUUGAUGCAACCAGAGGAUGGUUACUGACUUCUGGAACUGACAAGGUUAUUAAGUUGUGGGACAUGACCCCAGUGGUGUCAUGAUGACCCUCGCGGGACUCAGCAAGACAGCGUUUACUAGGAAACGGUUGUUCCAAUCCGAGUCAUGACUGGAGAGGAAAAGCAGACCGGUGAGAAGUGAGAGAGAAACUAAAGACCCUGGAUGGAUUUGCAGAUGGCCGACGCGCACAGCGGUGACCUCGUGAGUGAAUACUUGCAAGAGGACUCUUCGACCCGUUCAUACAAUAUAAAAGAAGAUAUUUUUUUAGCAAAUGGUU